UGGCCCGCGGGCCAUAGUUUGAGGACCCCUGCUCUGAAGGAUCCAUGAGGUAAGAGUCAGCAUGUACUGAUAGGAGCUAGAGGAGAUCCUGAGGAUGCUUCAAGAAAGAGGCCUGAAUAGAGAAGAAUUUUUUACUUGAAAGUGUUCUCCAAGAUAGAGUUUAACUCCCUAGUAAGAAUUCCAGGAGUUGAAGAAACUUGCUACUAGCAUGGCUCCUAGAAACAUGGAUAAACGAUGGCAAUGACCCAAGUUGUACUUCUCAGAUUAUGCUAGUAGAAGGAAAUACAUAUAUAUAUAUGUUGCCAGGAGGCUGAGGGCAGUUGCCCCAAUAAAAAGUGCUAUCCCUUGUCCAAUGUUGAAACCUAAGCCAGUUUUCAGACCCAGAACUAUUGACAAGAGAAGUGGCUGGGACUGUAGGAGGAAGAGCAUUGCAAUAAUGGCAAGUAUACACAGUAAUGAUUCUCCUAGAUCUUUCCCACAAGCACUUAUGGUUAUUUACUCGGGUAACUAUGCACCUGAAAGAAGAGAACACUUAGAUAGUUUGAGGACUGUUGGACAUAGGGCUUGAGUUGCCAUUGAUGCCGAAGACCUGAGUCGUCUUGGCUCCCAUGCUAGAUUUGGGUCUUAUGGGAGCCAGAUAAUAAAUGUCCUGACCAAUAUCUAGUUUACAGAAAUUCACAGUAUCCAUGGACCUGCCCAGUGGUCAGUUACCCAGUCCUCAAAUAUAUAUUAUGACCUUUGGCAGCUGACCAAACUCCCAAUUACAUCAUUUGUCUGCCAAAUAAGCCAAGUGGAAGUCUAAAAUUAACCCUCCCUGUAGCCAUACUAAAUAGGGAGAGAUGGGAAUAGAUUAUUGCCACAUUUUAUCUAUCCUCCUCUUUAUCCUUGUUUGUUUAAACAAUCUGAUUCCUGGAGAAACUGGAUGGAUUAGGAAGAGUCACUGCAGACCACACACUCAAGUAAAACCCCAGUCUCAGGCACAGUGCCAAAUGUGGUAUUUUCAUUAGACCAGAUCAGUGCCACCUCAAGUACAUGGUAUUUAGCCAUUGAUUUGGUGAGUAACAGGUGGCUAGCACAAUAGAGACCUUUAUAAGAUGUGUGUUCCAGAGGAUUGGAGCCUCUCUUGGACUUGCAGUAGGCUGCCUUCUCUCUAUGUCCUUACAUGACCCCUUCUCUGUGGACGCAUCAAAAGAUAACUUUUAAAAGAGGGCAUAUUCAUCAUGCCUCUCAUAUAGCUAUAAAAUGGAACACAUGUCAGAAAUUCUAUUUUUCAUUAAUUGAGACAAUAAGUAAAAUGUUGCAACCUGUUCAAAAGAGAAUCCUUAACACACAUAUAUAAGAUAUCUGGAAUGCUGAGAAAAAUUUACAGAAUGCAAAAUCAUCAAAACUGGUCAAUAUUCAUGGGGCAGUUCCAUCAAAUAAAUAAUUGGCAAUUCUAUGAAAAAAAUGAUUUUAAUUACUAACACUUAUUCUACAAGUUAUAGAAUUGUGAGAUACUAGUCUGGAAGGAUGCACUACAGACAAUACACCCAAUAACCUUUUUGGUCCAUAUCUAAGUCUUUCAUGUUUCUCCCUGCAUUUUAAUUAAUGGCUAACUCCUCCACCCCAAAUAUGCAUUUAUUUAUCAGGGCACAUAAUUUUUUAAAACACAGUGAAAUGCUUUUGUUCUCUACCCUAGAGAAAAAAAUCAUUUUCAGCUUUAGUUUAGGUCCUGAGGCAGAUGAAAUCUACCUCAUUUCUCUUGGUACUUCUAAAUCUUCACAGAAAUGGCCCAACUCUUAGCAAGAGAUGUUAGCAGUAUCGAUGUUAGCAAUGUCUUUCUGUCUUAGAUACAGAAGAAAGGAAAAUCUAACCCCCUUUUUGAUUACCUGUAGGGAUCUACCAACCAUGAUUUUCACGAUUGCUGUCCUGGAGGCAGAGACAAGUCUUGGCUUAGCUCCCAAGGCUACUGCAAAAUGGAGCUGGACAUUGGGGGAGAGAAGGGGCAAAAAGGGAGUAGGAAACUAGUGAGGUGGUUCUGGGUGAGCAACAUCUUAGAGGUAAACAGCCAUGAACCACACAGGACCUUUCCAGAUGUGGCUGCUCAUGAAGGCGUGACAUGGGGCCCAAUGGGGCGGGACUUUUCACUAUAAAAUCAGAGCUCAAGUGGUUGAAAAAUCCUCAGACAUUGGCACUCCCAGAAGGCUUUCUAAGAAGCUGUAAAGAAUCCACUCUGGCCAUAUCCAAGAGCCCACUGUCCUGGGAACUCUGAGGUCUCUGCUCUCGGCUCAGUAGAGGUGGCACCCUUUACUCUGACUCAGCCAGCUGAAACCCUUUCCCAGUAUGCUCUGGAAAGAGCCACUUUGUCACAGCCACUUCACCAUUAAACACAUGCUUCUCCACACAACCCUGGAUGUACCCCAGAGACUACUUGGGGCAGCAUCUUCCCAUGGAACACGCUAACCUCCCCCGGAUCCAAUCCACCUCUUCACGCUCCACUAUCAUACUUUUAAACUGGUUUUGAACCCAACCUCUUGAGUCAGUAGCUGCUUAUCUUUUUAUUACUGGCUGAUCCUUUUAUUAGUUCCCUGUACCCUAAGUUUGUAAAAAUAUUGUCCAACAAACCAACCAUAUUUAUUGCAUAAUAAUCCUCGUCCUCACGGCAACUGAAGUCAAACUGAGUUGAUAAUACCAGUCAAAAGCAAAGGCAUUUCUCAUGGUAAAUGUAUAAUUUCCAUUAGACUUCUUUAAAUAUUUGAAAUAGUUUAUGCUCCCCUCUUCAUUAGGUGUCCUGGGACCACAGGUUGGGAAACUUCUAUUCUAAGGGCUAAUGUUGAGUGAAUGCCAACCAAGUCUUUAGUUUUCCCUUUUUACAGAUGGGCAAACGAGGCUGCUAGUUUUUAAGGUGAAUUGGCUUAAUCAAAUUGACAAGGAAUCAGAGUGGGAACUGAUAUUUUUAGAAGUCUCCCCUUUUUUGGUCUCAUAGCACUAGAUUUUCUAAAAUAAAAUAAAGCUGAGAUUGGCUGCCACUUGUCCCGAGGGAGUCUUUUCUACAUAAUAGCCUGGACCUUUUGUGGGAUCUUGGAAUUUGGGGUACAGCAGCUGCCUGCUCCUCUCUGCUGGGUUGAGAAACCUUGGCUAUCCAAGCAGGAAUAAACCUGAGAGGUUAUUAGGACCAGAUUAUCCUAAAGUGUAUUCCAAAGGGAAACGGCUUCUGCGGCCAGUUACCUCCGAGAAAGGCAGGGUUAAACAAAAGUAAACUGGGUUGGUUUUAUCUUGUUUUCACUUCAGGACUUCCAUGAGCCAUUGAAAUGUCCUUGAGCCUAAAGAUCUGCCAGGAGGACGAGAUGACAUACAUUAUCUGCCCAAACUUACUAGACCUGAAUUCUCUUUUUCAUAGGAGACCUAUUAAUACAUCAUGGACCCUGAGGUUCUGAGGAAUUUAGUUUGGGACCUGUUAGUCCAGUCCAGCAUUUCCAGAUUUCUCUCCAAAAGAUGGUAAUGAAAUGAAAGAGUCUGAUGCAUAAGGAUAUAAGAGAGUCCAACAUAGGGAGCAGAAUAGCCAGCUCCAUGGAAGUGACCUCAGCUAUGGAGAGAAGUGGCACCGAGCCACAGCCCAAUAAUGGACACCUCCCAAGACCCUGGUCCUGCCUUCAGGAAGACAGAACACCCAGCCAGAUGGCCCCCCACCCUCCCAGGGCAUGGGGGAUACCGUCCCAAGGACCCUCCGUGCUGGAGUCCAAAGUCAGGGCCUUGAAGGAAAGUAUGACAGCAAGCAAACAGGGGGCAAGUCCCUGCCUCACAACCCAUGAAAGACCAUCCCCCAAGAAAACCAAAUGCCGACGAGUCAAAGUGGGUGGAGCCAGAACUCCAUCAUCAGGGUCUCCCUUGCUGGAUACAGUUGUGGUUCUCCAUGCUCAGAACCAAAACGAGGGACCGCUGGACAACAGUGUCAAUGAGAAGGAGCCUGCCAUGAAUGGGGGCCCCAGACCUCCCAGGCCACCUGCUCCUGGGCUAGAGUGCUGCAGUGGGAGGAGCCUGUGGGCUCCAGAAACAGUAAGGAUACUGCCUGACCAUGAGAGGAGUCUGCUGCCGGGGUCCAGCUCUUCGCAAGACAGCCCCCUCCACAGAGUCACUUCAGGACAAUCUAGGGGCCCUAGACAUUGUAACAAAAUUACCCACGUGCCCAACCUGAGGAAAGGAAGGCCAUGCCCCCUGCAGGAUGCUCUAGUUGCAGGCCAAGACCUGGAUAGCUUGUCUCUAACCUCCGAGGAGGACGUUGUCCCCAGGCCAGCCCUGCUGGGGGGCCUCUGGAGAGCGGGAGACCUGGGGGCUCUGGGCACUGAGCGCAGCGCCUUGCCCCUGUCUGAACAGGUGGAGAGGAACCGCCUUCUUCUUCAGGAGAUGCUCAUUGUUGGGGGGCAGGGCCCCCCCAAGGUGGGAAUCCCAGCCCGGACUCUAUCCUGGGACAGAGCUGUAUCAGAGCAACCAUCUGGGGACAUGGACUGGGACUCAGGCAUCUCCCUGCAGGACUCAGACCAGAACAGGACCUUUGGCCCCAAGCCGGAGCCCGUGCUGAGGAGCCCCAGGCAUGAGGAAGCCAAGCACCUGCUGCAGCGAGCCCGCAUGAAGGCCAGGACCCGGCCCCUCCGUGCCAGCCAUGAUAUCAUGCCCACCAUUGACCAGGGUGGCCGGGAUGGCAGGAGAAACCCAGCCCUGGACCGGAGGAUGCCCUUUGCCUGCAGAGACAACCGCCACAACGGGAGCACGAGCGACUCCUCCAGCGGGGAGUCCAGCAGCGGGCAGUGGCCGAAGCGGGGCCCCUCCCCGUCCCAUGUCCGCUUUGAGGACAAGUCUGCCCGGGAGGCCGAGUCCCGCUACCUGGAGCGGCUGCAGCAGCGCCAGCGCCAGGUGCUGAGUCCUGCGCUGCAGAUGGCCGAGCAGGGCCCCCUGCGCUCCAAGCCAGAGCUCGCAGACUACAUCGCCGGAGGCCUCGUGCGCAGGGACGCAAGUGAACGGACUCUGCACAGGCUUGUGGGCCACCUGGACCGGAGAGCCUUCCCGGAGCGGCCGCCCACACGGGGCAUCGAGAGGACCUGCCGAGCCUGUGGCAGUUGCAUCGAGGAUCUACGCCCUGCCCUUGGGAAGGCAGCCCGGGACCCCCAGCUCCUCCAGGAGCACGGGACUGCCUGUGGGCUGGAGGGAGGGUUGGCAGAGCCCCUUAGCUCUUGGGGCUUGAGCGCCCCCUUCAGGCUGCUCCCCGCCGAGCAAGGGCCCCGCACCGAACGGAUCCGGGAGAUAGGUAUGGGAGACUCUGUGCGCCCCGAGGAGGUGGACUCCGCCCUGGACAGCACGGACACCUCCGACAGCUGCAGGACCGACAGCGAAGAGGCCGGGACCUCUCAGCCCCCCAGAGCCCGCGGCCCCCGACUGCGGGGCUCCAGGCCUCGUGGAGGCCACAGGUGGUGCCGGAAGGCUGAAAGGGAACCACCGGAGAGCCCUCUGGCCCCGCACAACCUGCCUGGGGUUGAUCUCCUGGAGGUUUCAGAUGCAGUGAAAGAAGGCAGAGGACACACACCCGAGGGGACUCUGUUCCCCAGAGAAAACCCUUACUCCAAGCCUCCUGGGCAGGAACCUGAGGGGGCCCCCCUGGGGCCCCAGGGGGAGUUGCGACCAGGAAACCACUGGGCUCCCUCUGUGGAUUCCUCGGCUCUGUGCCGGAAGGCCUGUGCCCCAGCCUCCUUCGUGAAGCUGGCACCCUUGGGGCCAGGCAGACAAGACCAGGUUAUGGGAAGCCACCAAUCUCUGGAAACCAUCCCCCUGCAACAGAGCCAUGCAGAGCCCUCUGCCCCACACCAGGCCCAGCAGCCAACGGCUUCCCUUUCCUGGGAAGGCUGGGUGCCAACUCCUCCUUCUUCCAGGAAAACCACUUCACCUGGGCCUCACAGGAAGGCACCCCGCAGGCCUGGUGACCGGGGAGAAUCUGCUGGCACCCCCCGGCCUCCUUCAGGAAGUGUAGUUCCCAGGACCUGUGAGCUCAGCCCCCCACAGACACAGCCCUGCAGCCACCACAGCGGGUACCCACUGCUGGGCCUCUCCACCAACAACUGCAACAACAGUGUGCCUGGGUCCUCGGGGGGCGCUGUCCUCGAGGGCAGGGUGGAGAAGGGCACCAGCAGCCAGGAGCCAGAGGCACCCCUGGAGAACUGCAGAGGUGGUGUUGGCACCGUCAGCUCCAUGGGUGUCACCUUCUCCCUGGCUUUAGAGGAGCCAGAGUCCAGCCAGGAACCAGAGGAAGGCCUGCAGAGGACAGAGUCAAGUUCUGAAGGGCUUGUGUCAUCCCAAGACCUACCAGGGGUCAGUGCAGGACCUGGCCCGCCCUCAGCUGCCCCUUCUGACAGGAACAAGAAAGCCAGCAGCAGCAUCACCACCCUUGGGCUGAAAAAGUUCUUCUUGGCCUUGGGCCAGGGCACACGGCCCAAGUUGGGCAAGUCCCGCAGCCGCAGUGUGGAGCAGCUGCAGCCCCCUGCACCUGGUCCGGCUUCACACACCAGCACCCCCAAAGUGAAGAGAGCCCCAUCGUUACAAUCCCUGCAUCUGGUGUCACCCUCUCACCAACAUCGGAAAGCUGCCUCCUUUCAGAACCUCUAUUCUUUGCUGAGUGGCAAGGUGGACCGGUCCAGCCUGUACCUGGUAGGGGAGCCAGGGGACCACAGUGAACCUGGCAGGUUAGCCAAGGCCCCGCCCCGGCGUGCGCUCAGCGUGGAGGAUGUGGGUGCCCCCAGCCUGGCCCGCACAGUAGGCCACGUGGUGGAGGUGUUCCCAGACGGCACCAGCCAGCUGCAGCUGCAACGCUCCCCAGAGGGCACUUUUGGCUUCUGUGUGGCCUCCGGGAAUGGGCGCCGGGACUCAGGCUUCUACGUGCAGGAGAUGGCUGAUGCAAGUACGGCCAAGCUGUACUCGGGGCUGCUGGGGGUGGGGGAUGAGAUCCUGGAGGUGAACGGGGCCAAGGUUGCAGGACUGGGAUUGGCUCACAUUGAGGAGCUCCUGACCCAUGCAGAGAGCUUGUCACUCCGUGUGCUGAGGCAGAGGCCCAUCCCACGGUGACUCAGAGGUGCUCUGGGCCUCAAUGUCACUCCCUCAGAAGCCAUGAAGCGCCCUGGGGGGAGGGGUGACUGGGAAUGCGCUGCACAAAGCUACUUGGGAGAGGGAAGGAGCCUACUUGGAUAUUUUGUUUAAGGAUGUAAUUUGUGCAAAGAAAGGAGAAGAAAAUACGGGUGCCCGGGCCUGGGGUGGUGUCAACAGCUUCCUGCACCUUUGUUGGCAGGGGGAGGAAAGAGAUUCAUUGAAUCACUCAGCUGGUCCCCGAGCGUCGCCUCACCUUCAGGUCCCAUCCCACUCCUUGUCAAGGGCUCCUGCAGCUUCCAACACUCCCGAACCAAAGACAGUGCUGGGCCAUAUCGGCCUGGAGCCUGCCUCUUCCCAUCUCGUUCUCCCCGCUCCCAUUCCACACCUUUGCUCUUUUUCCAGGAAUGGGAAAAGUGUCCUCGAGUAACAGCCUUGUAGCCAUUGACCCCAUAUUCCAAAUCAAAAAUUGGAACAUGUGGUCUGGUGUGAAAACAUCUAGGAAAUGUGACCUGGUAGCCAGAAUAUUACAAAUUUUUUGUAAUAUAUAAGAUUGGGAGUGGGGGGGGGGGGCAGGAAACUGAGACCAAUUUCAGGGAGGUGCAGCUGUGGCCAGUGAGACUGGCCAGAUCUGCCCCGUCCCCACUGCCCUUCCUCUGCCUCUGCCUCUGCCCAGAGCGAGGCUGGAGCUACCAGAGCCACCUGGCCAGGAAGGCCUCUGUCUUCCUUCUAUUGAGCUUGGACACUGGGCCGCAGCUAGGGCCACACAAUUCUCAGCCACAAGCUCUCUGUCCAGACUCCCUGACAGCAGCUCUGGAUACGCCAACCCACAGGGAGAAGGCCGGGCACAGGCCCGGAAGAUGGGCUGUCCCACCUGGUCACUCCCCUCUUCUAGGACUGAACACUGCCCAAAGGGUUAGUGGGUGGCCAUGUGUCCGUUUUAAUUUAUUAAAAGCCAAAGCUGAA